UGCAAACAUUCGCUGUGGACCGGUUAGAUCACAUUCAAAGGCAAAUGUGUAUGGAAUACUAUGGAGUUGUACAGGGAAAAAAUGCCGAAUUUUCAUUGCGUUCGAAAGCAAAACUAUGCACCAAAAGUUCAGGAAAUAUUUCAGAAAACUCUUGAAAUUUUUCAACUUAUACAAUGAUUGCGAGAACGAACAUGCCGCCGAGCACAAAGUUCUCGAAAACGAAAACAUUAACUCCGUGUCUAAUGAAGCAGAGCAAAUGACUGCCCGUACAAGAACAAAUCAAGCGAACGGCGACAACGACGUUGAUGAUGACGACGACGCAUCACUAGCUGAACAAAUUAUGCGCGUAUCGGAUGCAUCAGGCAGUUACGAAGAUGUUGUAUUACGACCGAAAACUGAGCAGCAUAACAACCGUCGCUUGGCCAGGCCCCUUGCCGUUCUUUCCGGUUUAUUCAAAUCACAUCGCGAAAGUGGCGCAAAUCAAGAGGAAAAUGCGAGUGAAAAUUUAACAAAGUCUUUGAUACCACCGGUUGUAGAUAGCAAAAUCAACCAAAAAAAACCGAAGAGAAUAAGCUGGAACAUUUUUAAGUCAAAGAAGAAGCAUCGUGAUGAAUCACCAUCGUUCCAACAUUUUCAGGAGCCGCUGAAUGUUGAACGUGUUUCAUUGCCAAUUGGUCCAUCACACAUCGACAACGAUGCCGAGUGGUACGAUUUGAAUAGAGAAGAAAUGAGUGUGUUCGAAGCGCAAGUGUCCGAUAUUGUGAACGAAUUCAAUAACGGUAACCAAAUGAUUGGCGAUUCGGAAUCAGAGUCAAUAUAUCACUGCGAUCUUGGCCGAUAUUUAACCAUAUCGACGAAUAUUUUGUGGUCACAUAAUCUAUCGAUGUCAUGCCAAUCAAAUGGUAAUGCGUCGAAUAUCAAUCUGCUUGGAGCUAAUAUCAACAGAGACCAAAUCCACAGUGACAUAUUCAUUGAAGACGAACGCACCAGUGAGAUUGAGGAUGUAUGCACAUUUGAUGUACGGCGAAACAGCAUCGAUUCAGUAGAUUCAGAUGGUUAUGCUAUAAUGCAACCGAUCCUUCCGUUCAAGAAGGAGCAGCCAAUUUUAAUUGAUGACAUUAUGACUGCACGGUAUGAUUCCGAUGUUUCAAGCAAUUUGAGCUCCGGUUUUGGCAGCGAUCACAGUGAUUCAGAUGAUGGUGGUAGCAAAAGUUCACCACAAAAUCCAUGUUCAUCCAUUACGUUUGCUGCUUCACCAGCAACUUCAGAUUUUUCCGAAGCAUUCCCAUCGCCAGCAACAUCAACAUCAACAGGAAUGGCAACCACACCAUUGACGGCAAAAACUAUGCAAAAAACAUCGAAGAAGCGUCGCUUUAGGUCGAGAAAUUUACUUGCGAUGCUGUAUGCGAAACACACACCAUUGCUAUCGAACGUGACACAGACACCACCAAAUAAAUUAUCGCCCGAAUGCAUGAAAAAAGUGCACAAAAGGACGUCAUUCAAAGUGCGUCUAUCCAAAAAGGACGAGAGAAGCGUUAGGGAAAAGUCGUCGCAACCUUCAUUGCAAAUAUAAAUUCGUCAGCCAAUCAAUCGUCAACGAACUAAAUCUGUCAACGACAUUCGGUCAUUCGGCUGCCAACGCCAAACUUAAAAGAUGUAUUUGUUUGCAAUUCGUUUGACUUGACAACGAUGCCAACAUCGAAUCAAUUACAAAGUUUCCAACAUCGAUUCCAAUCAGCAAUCAAAACCAACAAUUGACAUUUGACUCAAUUGGAGUCGGAUUUGUCUUUUGACUAAACCGGAAAUUGUCGGUUUUGAACAUGCGUUCGUUCUAAAUUCACUCGAACGAGUUCAAUUUCAAUUCGUUUUUUAAUUUUGUCAACAUAAAACUUUGUAUCAAAAUGAUUUGUACGACUUUCCUUUGUAACGG